AGUUCGUUGCUGACCAUCGUUACGUGCGGACGUGCCCAGCUCAGCUCAUCUCCGUGGAUGCGGCUGCACUUUGCACACUCAACUUGCUAGCAAAAAAAAAAAGAAAUAAAUCAAACUGAACCGAAAAAACACUUGAACACAUCACACACAACACACAAGAAAGUGCCGCGACGCGAGUGUGAAAACGAGAUACAAAUUAAAACGAAACGCACAGAAAAACACACUCGUAUAUUAACGAUAGCGAGAAAGAGAGGAGUACGGUGUGAUCGCUGGAAAAUCUACAAAACACACAAAAGGAGGGAAAUUGGUGGAGAGAGAAAAGCCUUCCCAGGGAGACCCAAGGCAGCUUCUUGGAGCUACAGAAGCGCGGCAAUGACGGCGACUGCGACGCCGACAAAAAAAUCGAGAAAGCAACCUGCGAUCGCAAUGCUCAAUGGAAAUACUUUUACGGUUAAGCGGCUCUUAGCGCUGCUGAUCAUCUUCACAGUGGCGGAUGCCAGCCGGUCCCUGGAGCUGGGUGACAAGUGCCAGCACGACAUGGACUGCACGGAUUUCAUCAAGGGCAGCAGCUGCUCCGCAUUGGGUUACUGCGAGUGCGCCCCCUACUUCGUCCAGCUGGACUCCAAGCGCUGUUUGUCGUCCCAACUUCUGGGCGGCGACUGCCAGCUGAGCGAACAGUGCUCCAUGAAGGUGGCCAACAGUAGCUGCCUGGACGGAGCCUGUCGGUGCGUCGAGGGAUUCCUGCAGUUCCGCAAGCACACCUGUCUGGGACCUGCCCAUCCUGGCGCCGUUUGCUACAGCCACGCCCACUGCCAAAUGUUCGACACCCGCACCCACUGCGACUUCCUUAUCCCGAAUCUCUUCGGGCGCUGCCAGUGCACAAGUCCCGCCAAGAUGAUCGGUGGUCUCUGCGUGGCCCCGGCGGCGGAUCAGCAGGAGGUGGAACAGGCCAUUGAGAAGGUGGAGCAACCAGUUAGCACGAGCACUACAAGGAAAACCACUACGAGCACGACGACAACUACGACCACGACCACAACACCUGCUCCCACAACAACCACAAGAAGGACCACCCCGUCAACGACAACGACAACAACGACGACGACGACAGCUGCUCCCAUUCUGCUGGAAGAUGAGCUGCCCGCCAGCGUUGAGGAGCAAUCCCUGGAGGAGGAUGAUGGCCAGACCACCAAGCUCAGACCCGAGGUUGCCGAGGUGGACAACGUUGAGAAACUGGAGGCCGUGGACAUGGCCCAUGAGGAAACGGAACUGACGCAGCAGCAGAACCAAGAGGAGCAACAGCAGCAAAACCAAGAAGAACAGCAGCACCAAGAGGAAGCUGCAGCUGCACCAAAGGAUCCAGAACUCACCCAGGUCUCUCAAGAUGCCACCACUGGUGUUCAGCAGCUGCUCACUCCCGCCGAUGUGCCCACCGAGAAUGCCAUUGCUGCCGAACAGGAGACCGAGGCUGGGCCCACUGAGGAUUAUCCCUACAAGAUCGACGAGGAGUAUGCCGAGGAGCAUGAUAACCAUAAGCCAGAGCUAACUGGUGAGCAGCCCGAGCACCAGGAUCACCAGGAGACUGUCCCAACAGAAGCCGAGGAGGAGGAGGCUUCGGGUAAUCAGGAGAUUGCCUCAUCGCCCAUCGACGACACCAUGAAAUUCGAUUACGAAGCCGAGCCCGAGAAGGAAGAAGAGGAGGAGGUGGGGCCGCAGACUAAUGAGGAGGUGGUGCCCAUCGAGGCCGAGAGCGAGACUGAUGCUGAGGCCAGCACCAGCGAGCCGCCAGUCCAGACGCAGCUACUCGAGGAGGAGACAGAGCCGGAGACAGCCCAGACGGUGGCCGAUGAGGAACUGAUCCCAGUUAACGCUGCCCCUGAAAUCGAAAGUGUGACGAAGGCAGCUGACAACGAGGUGGAGCAAGAGGAGGAGCAUCUGGCCUCGGGGGAUCAUGAGCUGGAAGUGGCUGUGGCCCACCAUGACGAGGAGCAGCCACCCAAGCAGGAGGAGCCGACGAUCGUCAGCGAGCCAGCGAACCCGGUGAAGAUGGAGAGUGAAAGCCAAGUCGAGGUGGGAAAACCAGAGGAGCCAGAAACCGAAAUGGAAAAAGAAGUAGCGGAAGCAGAGGCAACACCGACCGAAGCCGCAGAAGUGGAGCUGCCGCUGUCCACCGAAGGCAUUCAGAGACCAGAGAUGGAGUCGGGAGCUGAAUCUGGAACUGCGGCUGAAUCUGGAUCUGGAACUGAGACAGAUCAGGCGGAACAAAGCGCCGACAUCAAGCCGACAAGUGGCGAAGAUGAUUUAAAUGAAGCCAAUCAAUUAAAUCAAGACCAAGUCACCGAGCCAGCUGAGCAGCAGCAGGAGGAGGAGGGGGAGCAGCACGAGGAGGUGAGCCAGCCCGAACAGGUGGAAGAAGAAGUCCAUCAAGAUGCAGAUGAAGCCACAACAGAGAAACCAGUCCAAGACAACGACACUGAGGCAGAGACAGAGACGGAGACGGAGCAGGAGGUGGAGGCAAUCACCGAAGCGGAGCACGAACAAUUGACAUACCCAACAAAUGAUGAUGAAUUGGCGCCACUGGAGGAGGCAGAAGCAGAGCCAGAGCUGACCACAGAGCGGCCAGAGGCAGCAGCGGAACCAGAACCAGAAUUAGAGAUCACCACCGAGCUGCCACUGCCCCAAGAGGAGGAGGAGCAAGAGCCCGAGGCCGAUGAGGAAAAUGCAAAUGCAAUUAAAACGCCCGAAGUGUCGGAAGCAAUUGCUGAGCCCCAGGCAGAGGCGUUGCCCGAGCCAGAGACGGCCACGGAGACGGAGAUCGGGGAGGAGGAGGAGGUAACCGAGAGGAUCCAAGAGCCAGAAACAGAGCCCGCUAAUGAUGAGGUGUCGCAGGUGGAUACCGAUCAAGGUAAGCCAGAGCAGCCAAUUAAGAGCGAUGCUGAUAUCGAGCCGGAAGCCGCUGACGAAUCCACGCAGACGGAGAUUGUGCCAGAAGCCGAACCUGAAACCGAGGCCAGUGAAAGUGCCCAGACUCAGGAGGAGACCAAGCCCCAGCUGGACGAAGAAGAUGUCGAGAAGAAUGAGAAUGACAACAUAAUCCAAGGAGCCGAGCCAAUUGCCCAGGAGGAGGUUAUUCCAGAGCCUGCAGAGGAACAAUCAGAGGAACCCACCCCUGUCAAGGCCCAGGAGGAAACACAGGCUGCUCCGGCAGCUGCGGCAGCUGAGGAGGAGGAACCCAGCAAGCCUGAACUGGACUACACCAGCAUCGAGCACCUCCAGGAGAUCGCUCAGGAAGAAGAAACCACUGCGGCCGCGGAACAAGAAGAAGAGGAAGCGGAGUCCACUGUGGCCCCUGAGCUCUCGGAGGCACCCAGUGCCAUUGUGAGCGACGAGCUGGAUCAAGAGCAGGAUCCCCAGAAUUUCCAUGAGAGCGAGAGCAUCGCCGACAUUCUCAGCGAUCUGAUGCUGGAGGGCGACAGCACUGUGCCGCCGGUUCCAUUUGGCGAACAGCCCGCCCAAACGGUGCCCAUGGUGGAGGCCAACUCGGAGAACGAAGAGGAGCAGCCCCAUGCCGCCAUUUCCGAUCUCGUGGCCGAAGCUGACGAGACCCACGACCAUGUAGAGCAAGUGCCUCAGGCCGAGGAGCCAUUGCCCGCCAUUCCGGAUCUCUUUGCCGAGGCAGUUAACGAUGAGGAAGCCGAGGAAGAGGAGCAGGUGACAACCGUUCCCGAGCAGAGCUCUCAAGUUGAAAAGGAGCAGCAGCCAGAGGAAGAGGCAAUCAAGGAGGAACCGCAGCAGGAUGAGGGAGAAGCUGAGCCAGCCAAGCAGGAGGAAACCGAAGCCGAAUCCCAAACGGAAGCCACCACUGAGAAGGAGCUGGAACUGGAGUCGGAGCCUGAGGAAGAGCGCACUCUAUCGCCCGAAGAGCUGCCCUUCGACAUCAUUGAUCAAUCCGUUCCCAUCCGCUUUAACGAGCUGGAAUCCGAUAGCCUGAUCGUGGAGUCCACCACCAGCAUCGAUGGCCUCCAGGAGCUGGAUAGCAAUCACAUUGAGGAGGAGCCUGUGGCUCAUAACGUUGCCCACGAGGAAGCCACUCCGAAUCCCGCCGACAUUGUGGAGAUCACCACCCAGACCAUGCUGGGCCUGGCCAGCCGCGUGACCCUCAUGGAGCCCGCUGCUCCCGUGGUGACUACUCUGAUGCCCCUGAUGACUGCCGCUGACGAACCCACUCCCGAGCCCGUGUCCCCGGCUUCCGUUGCUCCCGUUGCCAGCAAACCCGGUUCGGAGCUGCGCAAGCGCGUGGAUCUUGGCCUGGAGGCGGUAUCCCUGGGAUUAGCCUGCAGCAGCGAUCGCCAGUGCCAGCUUGCUGAUCCUAACACCGUUUGCAAUGCACGUGGUGUGUGUGACUGCUCCGCCAGCGGAGAGGAAGCGCAAUGUGGUGCCGAGAGAACCGGAUGCAGUCCUGGAACCUUCCAGUGCCGUUCCAGCGGCGUUUGCAUCUCGUGGUUCUUCGUGUGCGACGGCCGGGCCGAUUGCAAUGACGCCUCCGACGAGGAGUGCACCCACAAUGCCCGCCUGAACCAGAGCUGUCCGGCGGAGUCCUUCCGCUGCCAGCGCAGCGGCCGCUGCAUCUCACGGGCGGCGCUCUGCGACGGCAGGCGCCAGUGUCCGCACGGCGAGGACGAGCUGGGCUGUGAUGGCAGCCACCGAGGAGGCAACGCCUGCCCGGAGCACACGUUCCGCUGCGGCAGCGGCGAGUGCCUGCCGGAGUACGAGUACUGCAAUGCCAUUGUGUCCUGCAAGGACGGCAGCGAUGAGCCGCCACAUCUGUGCGGCUCCCGGUCCGUGCCCAAUCUCUUUAUGCGCCUGAUCGAGGCCGGUGGCCUGCUGGGCGGAAGGCGAGAGGCGGAUGCCUACUGCCCGCACCGCUGCAGCAAUGGCUUGUGCCGAUCCACGGCCAUCGUCUGCUCCGGAAGGGAUGGCUGCGGCGAUGGAACCGACGAGCAGACCUGCGCCGUGUGCCGUUGCCCCGCCCCUACUGCCGCCAGCCUGCCCGCCUUCCUGGCCCGGCAACGUCCCAUGCCGCUGUGGUAGAGAGUAUCCUUUGGAGAUGUGGAGGUACCCUGACCCCCUACGGGGACUACCGGUCAGCGACUGACCGAGCUUUUGCCAACAACCACUGUCUUCCGACAUCCCAAAUCCCACAUCCAAACCCAACUCACUCGCAGCACUAUCGCCUAUAUACCCAGACGCAUUGAAACACGAUUUUUGCCUAGCAUUUAAGUGGAUAUUUACACAUUUAUUUAUUUAUUUAUUAUGACCUUAGCUGCGCCCAAGCCACGCCCAAUUGCCACCUUGCUAGCAAGGGGGAUGGACUUCCGGUCCCACCCCUUUGAGCCAGUGAUGUUUGUCAAUUGCGCCACUGGGCGCAUCCCUAAAGCACAUGUAAACACACACACUAAAACGACACACACACACCCACACUAUCGCCCCCAUUUCGACUAUUUAUUCUACUCAUCUGGCCCAUCAAAAAACUAUUUAUUUAUCCCCCAAACAUCACCCAAAAUGAACAAAAACCACACACACACUCUCGCCCGAAUGGAAGAUUUCUUCAUCUAGCCUAGUUUUAUGAAAUUUUCUAAUUUAUUCAAGGAAAACAUACGACGAAAAAAAGGAAAAACCAUGAAAUGAUGCAUUUUUAUCGAUAAAUAUUUUGUAAAUAAGAGUAAACGUGUUCGAUGUACAUGAUAAACGAAACGGAAAUGCCUUUAAAGAAACGUAGGGUAUCUAAAGCUAACAUAGCGCAAUCAGAUCAUAUAACCCCUAUAUAGUUUAUUAAAUGUAUGUAGGUGUGAGUGGCCCUCACACGCUUUUCUCAAAGUCAAGACGCAUCACGGUAAAACUAAAAAAAAAAAAGUAACAACAAAAAACACAACGAAUGAAAUGACAAUAAAAAAUCU